AUGAGAAAACCCACCCAAGAAUUAAUAAUUCUCAUACACUGCUUACCUUUUGCAUUGCAGGUUGAUUUUCCAACAGCCAUUGGUGUGGUGCUAGAGAGGGACAAUGGCAGCACUCUGAUGGAGAUAGAUGGUGACAAAGGCAAACAAGGGGGCCCGACUUACUACAUAGACACCAAUGCCCUGAGAGUUCCAAGGGAAAAUAUGGAGGCCAUUUCACCUUUAAAAAAUGGAAUGAUUGAAGACUGGGAUAGUUUCCAGGCAAUUUUGGAUCACACUUACAAGAUGCAUAUUAAAUCUGAAGCAAGUUUACAUCCCGUCCUUAUGUCCGAAGCACCGUGGAAUACUAGAGCAAAGCGUGAAAAACUGACUGAAUUGAUGUUUGAACACUACAACAUCCCUGCCUUUUUCUUGUGUAAAACAGCUGUUCUAACAGCUUUUGCUAAUGGGAGAUCUACAGGCCUCAUCUUGGAUAGCGGAGCAACACACACCACUGCUAUUCCAGUGCACGAUGGAUAUGUACUUCAGCAAGGUAUUGUAAAAUCACCACUUGCAGGAGACUUUAUUACUAUGCAGUGCCGGGAGUUGUUUCAGGAAAUGAACAUAGAGAUAAUUCCUCCAUAUAUGAUUGCUUCAAAGGAAGCAGUUCGUGAGGGGUCGCCAGCGAAUUGGAAGAGAAAAGAGAAGUUACCUCAGGUCACUAGGUCCUGGCACAACUACAUGUGUAAUUGUGUCAUUCAGGACUUCCAAGCUUCUGUCCUCCAAGUAUCAGACUCAACCUAUGAUGAACAGGUAGCAGCCCAGAUGCCAACGGUUCAUUACGAGUUCCCCAACGGCUAUAACUGUGACUUUGGUGCUGAGCGUCUAAAAAUUCCUGAGGGAUUGUUUGACCCUUCUAAUGUGAAGGGUUUAUCUGGUAACACGAUGUUGGGUGUGAGCCACGUUGUCACAACAAGCGUUGGAAUGUGUGAUAUAGACAUCAGGCCGGGCCUUUAUGGCAGCGUGAUUGUAGCAGGAGGAAACACUCUAAUACAGAGUUUCACAGACAGAUUGAACAGAGAGCUGUCUCAGAAAACGCCACCGAGCAUGCGCCUGAAGUUGAUAGCGAACAACACGACAGUGGAGCGGAGGUUCAGCUCGUGGAUCGGUGGUUCAAUUCUGGCUUCUUUGGGUACUUUUCAACAGAUGUGGAUUUCUAAACAAGAAUAUGAAGAAGGAGGGAAACAGUGCGUAGAAAGAAAAUGUCCUUAAACCUCUUACUGUGAAAACUGCUGCCUGCUCAGUGCUCCUUCUGUUUUAUAGCUUUAGCAUACUCAGGAAUGGGAUGGACUCUUUUUUUGUAGAAAGUUUAUAUUGGAUUUUUUGCAUAAUUCAAGUUCCAUUUUAACAAAACUUAGAAAUUUUGAGAGACCUAAUUGGUACUAUCAUAGAAAAAGGAUGUUUACAUCCCUUGUAAAGCAAUAAUUCAUGUAACAAGCAUUUUAUAAUUUUGUAUAAAUAUCUAUUUUCUCUAGUAUCUUUUCCUGGGAACAGCUUUACAGGUUAGCUAAGAGAUAGAGGCAUAACCUUGCAAAUGUCCGUGCAAAUUUAUUAAAAAUCUCUUGUCUACUUUCACAUAUUAGUCUUCCUUGCUGGUACUUUGGCCUUAAAUUGCUCUUAUUUACUCUUAAAAAAUAAAAUUUGGUCUUUUGUAUUUGAGCAGCUUUGUGACUACUUGCAGAGAAAGUUACUCUUCUGUUUUAAAAAGUGGAAAGUUUGUGUUUAGUAAUCUACUAUAAGUGGCUCAGUUCAGUGUAAGCUUUGACUGUCAUGAAAGCGUUACAUUCCUCACAGCGAACGUUAUAUUAAGCACU